CCGAUGACAGGUCAGUCAACUGUGAUUUCGGAAAAGAUGGGUGUGGCUGGAUUCAAGACUUAUCCGACGAUGCUGAUUGGAUAAUAUCAGACGGUAACCAAGGUAACGUGAGAAGGACUGGCCCUCUUCGUGACCACCGUGACACAUCAGGCCGCCAUUACUCUGGUAUCAGAUCAGUACGGCUCGUUGACGGACCAACACCGCGCGAAGGACGAGUCGAGAUAUUCUACAAGGGCCAAUGGGCGUCCGUCUGUGGCAUCACGUUGUCUCUUCCGCAGGGCAAUAUUUUGUGCCAAUCCCUGGGAUUCGGUGACGCGCGUCACGUGACUGCCAAUGCAUCGUACGUUCAAGGAUCGGGUGAGAUGGUGGUUGAUCUACAGUGUAAUGGCGACGAGGGUGAUAUCAGGGAAUGCCCUAUGCGAGACAUAGGUCAUACCGCCUGCCCACACACAGACGAAGCUGGUGUAGUAUGUUCCCCAGGAGUGAGAUUGACCGGGGGUGUCACUCCUAGAGAAGGCACGGUAGAGUUACUAUACAACGAAUCUUGGGGUUCUAUUUGCCACACCAACUGGGAUAUCGACGAUGCCAAUGUAAUAUGUCGAGGCUUAGGAUACGACAGAGCCCUCAACGCUGUUGGAUCAGCAUUCUACACUGAAGGAUCUGGUGAGAUUCUCAUAGAUGAUGUGUCUUGUACAGGGUCUGAAGAGAGUGUCUUUGACUGCGGACAUUCACCAAUCGGAGAAACAACAUGUGUCCAUGAUGAAGAUGCUGGUGUUGUUUGUUCGUACGAAGAUGAUUCAGAGUUCUAUCGUCUUAAAGGAUCGUAUCUCUACAUCGACUCCAGUGAACAACUCUCUACAGCAAAUAUCACCAGACUGCAAAGUCCAAUUAUACAAAUACCCGUCGCAGAGGGCGCUUUAUGCUUCAGGUUUUGGUAUUACAUGUUUGGUGAAGAUGCCCAAUCACUGAGAGUGUAUGUCAAUGAUGUUGAGGAUGGUGUUGCUAGUGGAGAGAUAGCUUUUGAAGUAAGUGGUAACCAUGGUGAGCAAUGGAUUAUGGACCAGUUUGACAUCGUUGGAAAUGAUACAGCUCCGUUCACUGUAACAAUCGAGGCUGUCACAGGUGUUGGUGUUAAUGGUGACAUAGCAAUCGAUGAUAUUGAAGUACUAGCCGGAAGCUGUCCUUACGAACCGAUGUCUUGUGACUUCGAAGAGACGUUCAUCUGUGGUUUCAUCCAGGAUGAAGAAGAUAAUGCUGAUUGGAGGAGAGGAAAGGGUGACGUCAUACAGGACGAUGAGAAACCUCCUUAUGACAACACCUUCCAUGAUAUCCAUGGAUACUACAUGUACUUCGAUUCCAAUGAGACGGUUCAAGGGUCAACCGCUCGCUUGUGGACCCCGCCCUAUACAUUCCCCGGUCAACAUUGCCUCACAUUCUUCCACUUUAUGCACGGAAGUGAGAUAGGCAGUCUGCAAAUUUACGCUAUUGAGUCAGGGGGGACAAUUAGUGGUAGCUCCCCCGUUUGGGCUCGUAUUGGUCCGCAAGGGUUUGAGUGGAUAAAGGCUGCAACUACAAUUGUGGCUGACUCGAAUUUUCAGGUUGUUUUUGAAACAACAAGUGGAGGACCUACAUAUUCCAAUAUCGCCAUUGAUGACGUCACCAUUACAAAAGGCCCCUGUGUACGGUCGCUGCAAGAUGAAACGAGCACCACAAAUACCGGAUGCAGGAAGGCUAUCGGCUCUCGGUUAGGAGUAGAAGAUGGCCGGAUACCCGAUUCGGAUUUCAAAGCUUCUUCGGACAAUGGCAUAAGUGAACCGUACAUGGCAAGGCUUAACAGCUACGCCACCAGCGGUGGUUGGAUGCCAGCUGACGGAGAACAAAGUAGCUGGAUUGAGGUUGAUUUUGGUCUUCGACGUUGGUUGACGGGCGCCCUCACACAAGGUGUGUUACAGUCAUCAGAAUGGAGUACAUUGCUAUCAUUCUCUUAUAUCAACGAGAGCAACGGAAGAUCGUUCAUUGCUGAACAUGAGUGUAAUUUACCGGGAGGAAAGAUUUUUCGAACUAACUUUGACAGCAAUUCAAUAGUGACUACCCUGUUUCCCAAGCCAAUACUCUCAGCAAACAUUCGAAUCCACGUUGAGGGCAGCCAUUCAAACAGCGCCCUCAGGUUUGAAAUACUAGGGAUGCAAGAUAUCGACUGUAAUGAUCUGUAUGUAAGUGGGCACACAGAGAGUGGCAUGUAUACUAUUAGACCAGCUGACGAUGAUCAGUCGUUGAGGGCGUACUGCGAUAUGGUUUCUGAUGAAGGCGGUUGGAUGAUCUUUCAGCGUCGAACGAAUGGUAAAACAUCUUUCUCCAAGACCUGGUCGGAUUAUGAAAAUGGGUUUGGCGCCCUGACCGGUGAACACUGGAUAGGACUCAAGAUUCUUACUAGGAUCUUAGCUCAAAGGCCAUAUGAACUUCGUAUUGAACUGGAGUACGCUAACGGGACCAUGUAUGUAGCCGACUACCCGGGUUUCUCGGUUAGUAAUCGCUCAACCGGAUAUCGGCUUAAUAUCGACGAGCUUGAAGGCAGUUCAGAUGACCCACUUGCCUACCACAACGGAAAAUCCUUCGUGACCCCUGAUCAGUUGCCUAGUAACGAGAUGCCUUCAUGUGAUGGACCACGCCCAUCUGGCGGAUGGUGGUACGUCGGGCAAUGCGAUGGUCGCGUGAAUCUGAACGGUUUGUAUCCAGGUAUGACUGGUGACGUCACACGUGAGAUGUAUUGCGAGGUUCCAAAUGACGGUUCCCCUUUGAUAUACACACAGAUGAAGAUCAAACCAAUAUCCUAAAGGCUGUAUGCCAAAUUCGCCUUGUAUAUCACCUGCUGACUUCGUUUGGUCCUAUAAACGUGAUGAAUCCGUUUGUGCACUUAUAUGUGUCUUAGCAAAAAAAAAUCGCCACCAGCACCUUAAUAUAGCGAUAAUAUUGAGACUUGUUAUAAAAGGCCGUGUAGGUUGCGCUUAAGUUUUAAGGGUAGUAGUAAGGGCCAAAUCAAACAGCCGGGUGAAUGGAGUAAAAGCUAGCUAAAAAUACAUGUAGCUGGACAAUUUUUCCUAGUCUUUCAAAGAACAAAGCUACGAAAAAAUUACACACGUGAGAGAGAUUACCAAAUGUGCAAUUUACCUAAAUUUGCCGUAACAGGGUCGCGGAUAAAGCAUGUUUAGAAGCCUGUUAAAUUGCGCAUGGCUUUACGAAGAAAGUAUUAAAAUACCGGUCCAUACACACGUGUACAGGGGUGUCACAGGGGUUCAAAUGCUUUUUAAAGUAGUGAAAAAAAAUGACAGAGGAAAAAAGAAGGGGAAAAAUAAUAAAGACUAAAUCCUAUCAAGAUGUCAGAUAUGGAUUGUGAUACUCUAUAAUAACCCCUAUUAUUCAAUUGAAACAAAAAUGUCAUCCCCUUUUGGUCGUUUUGCCCCCCCCCCCUUAAAUAAGAAAAGUCACUGUGCUGUCCUCUUGAAUGCGAAUAAUUUACAAAAGUAAAAAAACCAACUGUUGAAUGGGAUAUGUGAUCUUAUAUUGGAUUCAAAUAAUCUGUUUAAAUAUGGAUCUCUAUCAAUUGCUUAAUUCAAUGGUAGCCUUGUACAGAAAGAAACCAUUGUAAAAUGGUCGGCUGGCUAGCUUACACUCCACUUACCGAGCCGUUUAAUUUUGACCAUCACGGCUGCCCAUUGAGAUUUUCCCGACAGUUAAGCGCAACUUGCACCGCCUUUUGUAAUAAGCUUAUAAUGAGGUGGAACUUCGUUGUCUUGUAGCAGUAAUCGAAUUUGUAUUAUGAACCAUCUUUGACAGUCUAGACAUGCCUAGAUUAUCAUGGUGGUAAAUGUGAUGAUCUCAUAUAGCACGUUGAAGUCGGAAAUAAUUUUUUUUACAGACUUACGAACUUUAUGUAUUAACAUCCAAUAAAAAUUGAUAAUUUGUAAUGUCUGUUACACCGGGAAUAUAUUUUGGAAGUGGUAAAUUGUUUAUGAGCCAUAUUCUGCUUGUAGUGUAUUUAAUACAUUUUAGUGUGCGAUAUUAGUGUGCAAUGUAUCAUUAAUUUAUCACUUCAUGUACUGACAAUAUUUGUGGGAAUAUGUGUUUGUGUGAAAUGAGCCAUAUUCUGCUUGUAGUUUAUUUGAUACAUUUUAGUGUGCGAUAUUAGUGUGCAAUGUAUCAUUAUUAAGUUAUCACUUCACGUACUGACAAUAUUUGUGGGAAUAUGUGUUUGUGUGAAAAAUAAUAUAAUUUGUUUGUUGAAUUAAUGUUUUUGUUGGAAGUAGAUUACAUUGCAUUGCAAUCAUAGACCUCACAAUCGUCGACCUUUUAACAAUUAAAGAUGGAUUUGACUCCAUGAAAGACUGUUUAUUUGAAUGUACUUAUCAUUCUCGUAUCACAUAAUCUAUGGCAGCGUACUCGUCAUCUACGACACCCCCCAUAAAUAUAUAUAUAUAAAUGUGUGAAAUUAUACAUGUACAACAGCUUUGGCAACUCUUUUAUUUAAAUAUUUUGUGAAAGAAAAUGGAUGAAGAGAACAAUGGUAGGCGUAGCUAUAUAUUUGUUCUCACUCACAAUACCUGUUUGUGCAUGCUGGAUCUAAUUUCAUUACUGCAUUCAGAUUUAUCGGGAACUUUUUCUAAUAUGAAAGCAUAGUCAUUACUAUCAAUAUGAAGGGAUGAAAGUGACAUCAUUAAGCUGGAUCAAUGCUAACUUUCAAAAUAAACUGGUGCACACUUAAAUAUUGAAUGAUUACGUAAUGUUACAUUUAGAUUAUUUGUGUUCCUUGAAAUAUUGUGUCAGUUGUUGCCAUAACAUGGAUGUAGUUGUGUGUUUAAUCUAAAGAAAAAAAAUUGCUUUAAAAAUUGAGAAGUAUUCGGUUCUAUAUAUAUUCUGGUUGUUCAGCGAUCGGGGCUUAAAUUGUGCAUCAAGCGAGCCUGAAAAUUUACGAAAAAAUACCACCCUUCCCAUCACUAGCAAGUGUAAAGAAUUUUUAUAAACAAAGUAACAGCUCAUCAGUUAGGUUUAAAUUAUCUCAUGCAUUUAAUAUAUCGUUGAUAUUAUUUGAUUAGGACUAUUUGUAUCGUCAUAAAGAGUUUUAAUAGUUCUAACACUAACGUACUGACUGAGAACACAUGUAACACAAUCACCAUAUUCUUUGCGAUUUUCAAUUCAUUUUUUGAUAUAUUGAUAACAUUAAAUUGUUUUCGGUGAUGAUUGAAUUUAUAACAUUAUAAUAAUUUAAUUCUCAUAAUUGUUAUUUAAUCAUUAACGUCCUUAUCAUUAUCGUUGUUGCUGUUAUUAUAUAUAAUGUUAUUACUCAAAAGUUCUCAUAAUUAUACAUAUUAAUCAGCCAUAAUAAACGUUGUUGUAGUAGAGGUAGCCAUACAAGCAUCCAAACUGCCAUUGCUUCAUUUAAAGUAUAAAGAGCCGGGUGGGGGGCAGUCAGAUAUAUUGCUGUACACAUGCAUGACAUGCGUGAGGAAAAAAAAAACGCGUUUAAAGAGGCGUUUUUAAGAUUUGGAACGCGGGCCGCGCGGGCACUCUUUAAGGGUAUAAAAAACACCGAUUUUUUUUUAAGGGUGGUGUUGAAAGACUGGUCAAUGGGCAAUCACGGGGUCAAACGUAUUUGGGGUUUGUUUUUUCCAGCGCUUUCUUAAGGUUCAUAUUCUGACGACAACUUGUUUAGGGGCCAAAAUGUCUAAAUGAAGCCCUCGGAAAACUUGGUUAGGGGGUUGUUUUGCACAAAGCGAAAAAAUCGUUUACGAGGUGUUAAUUUUGUCACGCAUAUGUACAGCAAUACAUUUGACUGCCCCCAGGAUAAAGAGCAAACCAAUGGAGUCGACAACUAUUGUUGAAGUAAAUUAUUCCAAAGCCUUUUAUUUUGUUGAAAUAUAAAUAAUGAUAAUAUUUCAUUGUC